AUGAGCCAGUUGCGUCUACUUGUUCCACCUCCUCCACUAUGGGUUAUUCUGCUUUGCAACCUUAUUGUUUUGAUAGCUAUAAUAGUCUUAUUCAUUGUGAUAAUCUGCGCUAAAAGGCGACCCCUUUGUGUCACGCCAACCGAAUCGGAUCUGUUGAAUGCGAAUAAGGUGCGAUCAAGAAAGGGAUCACCCGGAAAGGCCGUCUCGAAAACGCAUCAGAGUGUGAAGGUUGGCUUUUCGUUCAAAGAUCACGGUGAUGACAUUGGAACAGACAUGUCGGAUGAAGAGCAUCAUCAACUCAAGCCAGUUGAUGAAGGCACAGCAACCGCGUUCGAUCCCCAUUUGGUAGCAGUCAAUCUGAUAACCGCCGAACAGGCCGAUGACGAAGCGCUUCAGAAGAAACGUUCGCUGUCGACGUUACACAACGAAAGAUGGAAUCGGCACCGCAGAGCAUAA